ACUCGUCUUUCCUCACACUUGAUCAUCUAUUCGGGCUUCUCAUUGAUCUCUUAAAUCCUCAUUUGAGACUCUAUCCCCGUCACAACCCCUCGCGAUGUUCAGAAACAACUACGACAACGAUGCCGUCACCUUCUCCCCGCAAGGUCGCAUAUUUCAGGUUGAAUACGCACAGGAGGCCGUGAAGCAAGGUUCCGUUGUGGUGGGAUUGGUCAACAAGACACAUACUGUGCUUGUCGGACUGAAGCGUAACGCGGAAGAACUCUCGUCAUAUCAGAAGAAGAUCAUCGAAAUCGACUCUCACAUGGGCAUUGCCAUCGCUGGUCUCGCCUCGGACGCCCGGGUGCUAUCCAACUUCAUGAAGCAGCAGUCGCUGGGUUCCCGGUUGACUUACGGUCGCCCGUUGCCUGUCGACCGCAUCGUUAGUCAGAUCGGUGACCGCGCUCAAACAAACACCCAACAUUACGGUAAGCGGCCAUAUGGUGUUGGCCUGCUUGUGGCCGGGGUCGACGACGCCGGUCCUCACCUGUUCGAAUUCCAGCCCUCGGGCAUGACUCAGGAGAUGUUGGCGUGUGCCAUUGGUGCCCGCUCCCAGAUGGCCCGCACCUACCUCGAGCGGAACUUGGAGAAGAUCGCCGGCUCGACACGCGACGAGCUCAUCAUCCACGGCCUGCAGGCCCUCAAGGAGACUCUGUCCCAGGAUAAGGAGCUGACGGUUGAUAACACCUCUGUCGGUGUGGUGGGUCUGGCUGCCGAGGGCAAGAUCGAGAGUUUCAAGCUAUACGAGGGCCAGCUGCUCGUACCGCUGCUAGACGCUUUAGAGCGUUCCGAAGCGGGCGAGGAGACGAAAGAGGCCGAGACAAUGGAAGUGGACUCAUAGACCGUGGGUGGCGG